GGGGUGUCGCUACUUAGGAAAUACGAUUUCAUAUAAUUCAUGUCGGUGAAACCAACACAUUGACAGUCCAGGAGUUUACGUAAGGAGUGCAACAUGUCUCUCCAAAGCUUUCUCUACAACGCGGUGUUCAAGAGAACGUCGACGUUCAUGCUCGCCAUCGUUGGAGGCUCUUUCUUCUUCGAGAGAGCUGUUGAUGUCACAGCUGAUGCGAUUUUUGACAAUUAUAACAAAGGCAAAUUAUGGAAGGACAUUAAACACAAAUACGAGAAAAACUGAGCCAACAGUCCUCGAGCCCUUCACCGCCUUAGGAAUCUAGGAAAUUCAUAAAUUAAAUAUCCAAAAUUCUCCAAAUGUCACACCCCAUGCACAAGAAUGUAAAUAAAGAGGCAGUGUGCAUGUGAAUACUAAAUACAACCUUGAUUUAAAGCUUGUCCUCAUUCAAUCUUCAUUUGUAUUCCAAUCCAAUAAAAACCAAUAGAGCA